GGAUCCGACAGGCGCGGCUGGCCUUGGCAGCUCCAUUUUUGUUUUACAUAAUUAUUUUGCUCUUCGUUGCUGCGUGCCUGCGUGGGAGGAAACUCGUCUACACCGCAGCGCUCUCACACCUUACACUCUUUAAUAAAAGGCUUCCUCCUUCAUAGUCGAACAGUACCGUUGACUCGUGUGCAAGCAACAAAAUCCAAAUUGUCACCGAAUCGCCGAAGUGUAUUUAUAUAUGGUAACGGCAUGGCGCGGCGUUACCGUUUCCCGCGUGCGGUGGUGGCGCUGCUGAUCUUUGCAUGGGUGGUAGGUCUGUGCGUUCAAAUAACGCCGCUGCGCCACGCCAGCGCUACGAGCGACAACGACGCAAACACGAUGAAGACGAUCUUAGGCUUACCCGAGGAUGACUUCUAUGGCGUUCUCGGCCUCAGCCAGGCGGGCGAGGAUGCCACGGAGAGCCAAAUCAAGAGUGCGUUUCGCAGGCUCUCUCGCAAGUACCACCCCGACGUCGUCGCUGCGGGGGACGAGGAGUCGUUUCGCCAGGUGUACCAGCGCAUCCAGCGCGCCUACGAGGUCCUCGGCGACCGUCGCAAGCGUCGUGUUUACGACAUCCUCGGUGUAGAGGGGUUAAAGAAGCUCGAGCAGCCACAGCAGCAGCAGCAUAUGAAUCCCUUCUUCGCCCUCUUCGGUGGCGGCGGCCAGGCGGCGUCGGACAAAGGACAAGACAAGGAGUUGCUCAUGGUCGUGCCCUUGGAGGACGUGUACAAGGGAGCGACACAUACCUUCCAGUUCACCAAGCGCAAGAUAUGCCGCGCCUGCCACGGCAACGGCGCCCGCAGUAAGGAGGAUGUGGUGAGGUGCCCGCAUUGCAAAGGCAGCGGGCGUCUCGUGCAGCGCAUACAAAUUGCACCGGGCUUUGUGCAGCAGAUCGAGCAGGUCUGCAGCCACUGCAACGGCAAGGGCACCCACGUAGCGCACAUGUGCCCGGUGUGUCGUGGCAAGGCCGUCGUGUCGGGUGAGACCGCCCUUAGCGUGGACAUUGAGGAGGGCCUACCGGAGGGCCACGUGCUGAGGUACGAGCUCGAGGCGGAUCAAACGCCCGGGCAGGUGCCGGGGGAUGUCAUGCUGACGGUCGUGACGGCACCGCACGCCGUGUUCACGCGCGACGGCAACGAUCUCUACAUGAACGUGACGAUUACGUUGAAGGAGGCGCUGUUAGGGUUUGAGAGGUCUUUCACGCACUUGGAUGGUCACGAGGUAGCGUUGCGACGAACCGGUGUCACGCAAUACGCCCAGCAGGCCCGCAUUGUGGGGGAAGGCAUGCCGCGCCAUCAUGUGCCGUCGGAGCACGGCGACCUCUACGUGACGUACAACGUCGAGUUGCCGCGGACCCUUUCAGCGGAGCAGCGGGAGAUGUUCGACAAGCACUUCAAGUGA